GUUACUCUGGCCAGGACUUUGACUGGGCAGACUACCAGAAGCAGUGCGGAGCGGAGGCAGCGCCUCACCUGUGCUUUCGAAAUACAUCCUUCAGCCGUGGCUUUACUAGGAACAUGAAGCUGGAGGCGGUGAACCCCAGGAACCCUGCAGAGAUAUGUGUUGCUUCUAUCACCUCAGUUAAAGGACGGUUAAUGUGGCUUCACCUUGAAGGUUUACAGAUGCCCUCUCCAGAAUACAUAGUUGAUGUAGAGUCUAUGGACAUUUUCCCCGUUGGCUGGUGUGAAGCGAAUGCUUAUAACCUAACUCCACCACACAAAGCUGUUUUGCGAAGGAAAAGAAGAAUUGCAGUUGUACAACCAGAAAAGCAGUUACCAUCCACAGUGCCUGUUGAGAAAAUACCUCAUGACCUCUCCCCGGUUCCUCAGCCAGACACCACAGGCACCAUCAAUGGGAGAUACUGCUGCCCCCAGCUCUACAUCAACCACCGCUGCUUCUCAGGACCAUAUUUAAACAAAGGCAGAAUAGCAGAGCUACCUCAGUCUGUCGGGCCUGGCAAGUGUGUGCUGGUCCUCAAAGAGGUUCUCAGCAUGGUGAUCAAUGCAGCUUACAAGCCAGGGAGUGUUUUACGAGAACUGCAGCUAGUGGAAGACCCUCAGUGGAAUUUCCAAGAGGAAACACUUAAAGCAAAAUACAGAGGGAAGACAUACAGGGCAACUGUUAAGAUAGUGCGGACGUCGGAUCAGGUAGCGGAUUUCUGCAGAAGAGUCUGUGCGAAGUUGGAGUGCUGCCCCAACUUGUUCAGUCCUGUUCUGGUGGCUGAAGUCUGCCCGGAGAACUGCUCCAUUCAUACUAAAACCAAGUACACUUAUUAUUAUGGGAAGAGGAAAAAAAUCAUUAAGCCACCGAUUGGGGAAAAUAACAACAUGAAAAGUGGACAUGUCAAGCCAGCCAGACGCAGAAAAAGGCGGAAAUCCAUCUUUGUGCAGAAGAAGAGGAGGUCGUCAGCUGUCGAUCUGAAUGCUGCAGGCUCUGCAGAGGAGAGUGAAGAUGAUGAGCCAGAUGCGAUGGAGGACGAGACGGGAAGUGAGGAAACCAGCUCAGAGCUCCGCGACGACCAGACGGAUACCUCCUCCGCUGAGGUCCCCUCGACCCGGCCCCGGCGAGCCGUCACCUUGCGGAGCAGCACAGAGUUGGACAGACCCCCUCCCACCGAGAGAGCCCGGCGGAGCCGGAGACCACAGCCCCACUCCUAUGGUGAGGCGGAGAAGUGCACGCAAGUCAAGGAAGAAAUUAAGCAAGAAGAGGAAGAGAAGCUCAUCCUGGACAGUAAUCCGUUGGAGUGGACUGUGACUGAUGUCGUGAGGUUUAUUAAACUGACAGACUGUGCACCGCUUGCCAAAAUAUUUCAGGAGCAGGAUAUCGAUGGCCAAGCCCUUCUGUUGCUGACACUGCCUACGGUGCAAGAGUGCAUGGAGCUGAAGCUGGGUCCAGCCAUCAAACUGUGUCACCAGAUCGAGCGAGUAAAGGUUGCUUUCUAUGCACAAUACGCCAACUGA